AAAGUGGAAGGGAGCGGUCGGGCGAUUUUCCAGCAGUGCGGAGCACGAGGUUGAACGAGCGAAAAGUGCCGGGUUCGCGUUUUAACUCGUAUUGAUUUUCGUCGAGUUAUUCGUAAACAGACAAAAUGAGUUCCCUUCUAAAAUCUGUCAUGAGGCUGGCCCCUCUUAAGUCCGUGGCAUCGCCUCUGCGGUGGUCCAUGGCAUCGUCAACCUCGCGACCCUUCACUCGGAGCUUGUGGCACAUGUGUUCUUCUAGGGACGAAUCUUCGGUACUUUCGGGCCUUAAACUCAAGACUCCCUCCAGCCUGUGCAGCUGUGGCUGCGGCAGUCGCCAUGUCCACAGCAAAGGUGAGAGAGAGCUCAUUGAGUUCUUGUCUGAGGAGAUCGCUACUGAAACAAAGAACAGGAAAGUUAAAACACUACCCACCGAAGUAGAAGGCUUCAAGGUCCAAACUGAUGGAGCUGAUGUUGUACUGUCCAAAUCCUCAGGUGAUGAAACUAUUGAAAUUCACUUCAACAUCAACCACACCGUCGAUAAUGAGAGUGAAGCAAGUGUUGAUCCCACUAUGGACAAAGCUGAAUUUGGUGAACUUAAAUCAAAACCCACAUUUGAUGUGGAUCUUAAGCGAGGAACCACUACCCUAAGUUUCACCUGCUCUUUCUUUGAUGGAGAACAACCUCAAACUGAGGACGGAUACAAUGACAUUUUUGGUAUUGAUGAAAUUUCCCUCUUCGAUGGAGCAUGGGAUGAUAAACACUACUCUGUUGCUGGGGAAAUUCUGGAUGGAUGUCUUUAUGACUUGUUGAUGAACCUCUUGGACGAGAAGGGUGUCAACAAUGACUUUGUGGAGAAGCUUCAAGAGUUUGCCACAUCCUAUGAAAACCACCUGUACAUCAAUAUGCUCCAAAAUAUUCAGAAGUUUACCAGCAAAAAAUAGGCUUUUAAUGAAUUGUCUGUUUUUCAAUUAUUUUCAAUUUGUCCUGCGAAUUCUGCUCCCAGUAAUUGUGUCUGUAAUUUUAAGGAUUCAUUUUUGUUCCAAACCUCAUUAUGUUAAGCUAGUCUAACUGUUGCAUUUUUUUUUUAUUUACAUCAUUUUAUGAAACAUUUUGUUUAAGUGUACUAGUGACAUGUGAUGUAGGCUGACUGAUCCCAGUAAAUGUUAUAGUGUUAGUAAA